CGAAUAGAAGCGAAUUGUGAAUUGUACACGGCUGCCUUUUCCGCUAAUAUAAGACAUUUACACGUCCUUAUUUUUGUGUCGUUUGAAUGAUGUUUCAUUCGCGUAUCAACAGGAACAACAGAGUACGAAUAACGUAGCAAACGAAAUUUAAAUGAAAAUGAUCAACCUGCUUAAAUGAAAGACUUCUAGCCUAAACCAGAAAUGCGACUGAAGGAAUCCACCGCUAUUCAAGGGCAGGUUAAUUUCUUAUACUAUGGCUCAACGCUCAGCCUGCCACUUUGAUAGCUCGUGUUUUAGCUUCUAAAUUCUUCCAAAUUUUAGCUGGGAUACAUGUUUGAAACUUCGCUGGAUGCAAGACGCAGAUUAUAAUAGCCUACCAGGUUAAUGGCAGCCUCUGUGUCUCGGCAAUUAACUAUAGGCUAUAAAAAGUGAUUGUUGGUGUAGACUACGCUGUAAAAUAUUUUUUCUUUCGGUUCAGUUAUUUCCUGGUGCUGCAGAAAGAGGCAGUGCUGAGUUGAAGAGACCGAAAUACAGAUAGAAUUUUAGAUUGAAAAAUAUAGUGGGAGAGUGCGAGGGGGGAAUUGGCUGUUUUCCAGAAGCAGCUUCGCUCCACUCCUUUUCUGUAUUUAUGGAAUUAAUGUAACGUUAUUUUAUUUAUAUACAUGUAUUUAUUGGAACUGAUUGAAUGUACUACUAUAGCCGAAAACGAAAUUGUAACGGGGACAUUAUUUGUCAGAGCAACGGAGGAGCAGCGCAAGGAUUUUUUGUACCUUUUUUCUUAAUUUCAUUUUAAAAUUGCGGCACUUAUUUGUUUAUUCGCUUACACUUUCAAUCCAAGACAGCAGUUUAACGGAAGAUGGGUUGUUUAGGAAACGGCAAAACCGAAGAUCAACGUAUCGACGAAAAAGCACAGCGAGAAGCGAAUAAAAAAAUAGACAAACAGUUGCAAAAAGAAAGACAAGCGUAUAAAGCCACACAUCGACUGCUUUUAUUGGGGGCUGGGGAGUCCGGAAAGAGCACGAUUGUCAAGCAGAUGAGGAUUCUUCACGUCAAUGGUUUUAAUGCAGAAGAAAAGAAACAUAAAAUUCAGGACAUCUGGAAAAAUGUGAAGGAUGCCAUAGUGACAAUAGUUUCAGCGAUGAGCACUUUAAUACCCCCCGUUCCAUUAGCCAAUCCAGAGAACCAGUUCAGAAUAGAAUACAUCAGAAGUAUUGCACCUUACUCAGACUUUGACUACACACAGAACCUUAAUUCAGUACUUGGGAGAACCCCCUUUGGCAGCAGUUACAGCUUUGAGUCUUCUCGGGAAUUCUUCGACCAUGCAAAGAAGCUCUGGGACGAUGAAGGCGUGAAGGCAUGCUUUGAACGCUCCAACGAGUACCAGCUCAUCGACUGCGCAGAGUACUUUUUGGACAGAAUUGACUCAGUAAGACAAAAUGACUACACGCCAACAGACCAGGACCUGCUUCGGUGCAGAGUGCUGACUUCAGGGAUUUUUGAAACUCGUUUUCAAAUAGACAAAGUGCAUUUUCACAUGUUUGAUGUUGGUGGCCAGAGGGAUGAGAGGAAAAAGUGGAUCCAGUGCUUUAAUGAUGUCACCGCUAUCAUCUUUGUCGUUGCGAGCAGCAGCUACAACAUGGUAAUAAGGGAGGACAAUGACACAAACAGGCUACGGGAAGCACUGGACCUCUUCAACAAAAUCUGGAAUAACAGGUUUUUACGGACCAUUUCAGUCAUCCUGUUCUUGAACAAGCAGGACAUGCUGGCAGAGAAAGUGUUAGCAGGGAAAUCCAAAAUUGAAGACUACUUUCCCGACUAUGCGCGUUACAGCAUACCGAAUGAAACAACUCCUGAGCCUGGAGAAGACCCAAGAGUGACAAGGGCAAAGUUUUUCAUCAGAGAUGAAUUCCUUAGGAUCUGCACAGCCAGCGGAGACAGAAGCCGCUACUGCUACCCCCACUUCACCUGCGCCGUGGACACGGAGAACAUCCGCCGCGUCUUCAAGGACUGCCGCGACAUCAUCCAGAGGAUGCACCUGCACAUCUACGAGCUCUUGUGACGAGCGGCCAAUCAGGCCUCCCCCUGGGAAACGGGUCGCCAGCGCAGAGACGGAUUCCCCGUUCCGCCGUGUCUUUUUCAUUUAAAGCCAUUCUCCACUCCAUUUAAUCUUUAUCGCAGGGAGUGAACGGGAGCAAGGCCAUCCUUUGCUAUUCCUUUACCAUGCCUUUUUGCGUCAUUCCAUUAAUGCCUACGGCUACCUGUUUUUGUAACGUUUUUAUUUCUUUUUCGCGCUAUGGUUAUCGGACCUCGCCGGUGACCGGACGCCCUGGAGUUGGGUCUGUCUGGCGGGCAGCGCUUGUAUAGGGGCCCGACCCUGGG